ACAUUUGUGUCUUGUUUCAGGCGAAUGGAGAACUACACCCACAACAGUUUAAUCUUGCAGGUGGAGGGGUUAAAGAUCACAGGGGGUUCUAUAUAUCCUGUGUUUUCCAUUUUCAUUUUUUUGUAUAUAUUCAUCAUCUUUUCCAAUUUGGGAAUUUUGAUCCUAAUUGUCCUGGACAAAAGCCUCCACCGGCCAAUGUAUCUGCUGUUUUUAAACCUGCCUGUCAAUGACAUACUUGGAAACUCCAGUGUGAUUCCCCGUUUACUUGUGGACAUGUUGCGUCCUCCGUCUGAACGUCUUAUUAGUUAUUAUGAGUGUGUGGUUCAGGCUUUUAUUACACAUGUGUUUGGUACAGCUGGCCACACUGUGCUCAUGAUUAUGGCCUUUGACAGAUAUGUUGCUAUCUGUAACCCACUGCACUAUGCUUCCAUAAUGACCAACAAAAUGAUGAUAAAGCUGACAGUUUUGGCCUGGGGGGCAGCCUUUGUUUUAGUGGGGAUUCUGCUCAGUCUGACUGUAAGACUGAGCAGAUGUAGAACAAUAAUUAAAGGCAUUUACUGUAGCAACGCCUCACUGUUUAAGCUGUCCUGUGAGAGUGUCUUCAUUAAUAAUGUAUAUGGUCUCACCUUCACUGUAGUCCUGUUUACAGGUUCUAUAGGCAGUGUGUUUCUCACCUACUCUAAGAUCACUGUGGUCUGUCUGACCAGUAAGAAUAAGUCUUUGAACAGGAAAGCCUUACAGACCUGCAGCACUCAUCUCUCUGUGUAUCUGAUCAUGCUGUUCUGUGGAAUGUUAAUAAUUGUCUUACAUCGCUUCCCCCAACAUGCGAUGCUCAGAGAAACUGCUUCCAUCCUGUUGAACUUGGUCCCCAGCAGCCUCAACCCCAUAAUUUAUGGAAUUCAGUCUAAAGAGAUACAAAAAUUCCUGUCCAAUCUAUGUCAGCACAGAAAGGUUUUGAAAAGGGUUUAA